AUGAAUGCUUCCAAGUAUCUUGCUAUCUUCCAGAAUAAAAUAAGGGGUAAUGAGAUACCUAAGAACUUCAUCGCGUACAUUGAGAAAGGCUUUCGAGAGUGUCUGGAGGAAGGCCCUUUGACGGGCUCGGCAGUGUGCAAUUUGCGAAUAGUGUUGGAGGGCGGCAAGCAUCAUGAGGUUGAUUCUUCUGAAGUUGCUUUCAAAGCCGCAGCGCAAGGAGCGUUCGAGCAGGCGUUCUAUGGCGGGUCGCCGACGAUUUUACAGCCAGUCAUGAAUGUGGAAGUAACUGUCCCUACUGAUAAAACCGGAUCGUUGAUGUCUGGUAUUACGGUGAGGAAGGGCUUGGUCACGGGUUCAGAGGCACUCACGGAUUUGGAUACGCUGGUACGGGCGAAGGUGCCCUUAAGGAAUAUGUUUGGUUUUACGACAGAGUUGAGAUCAAUCACACAGGGUCAUGGUGAGUGGGCUAUGGACUUCCAUGCUUAUGAGGAGAUGCCAGCUGAUGACCAAGAGUCUGUUAAGAAGCAGUAUGUCCAGCGACGAGCAAGAGAGAAGAAGCUCGAGGAGUGA